GAAUAUUAUUUAUUUCAAAGCAGAAAAAAAGAAGUUGACCCCCGGAAGGAACGAUUUCGCCAAUAUCCAACGCCACCUCUCUGUUCACCAUUUUCAGUCACAAUCUGUGCAACAACCCACAUCUUUUGGAGGUUUCGUUUCUCCAUACAAAUCAACACAAUGGAAGCAGGUGUAAGGAGUGAUGUCUGCAUGGACUUAGGAAACGGUUUAGCAAACGGGCAAGGCAAGCAUCCUCUAUUUUCCUUUGGUGUUAUUUCUGAUGUUCAGUAUGCGGAUAUCCCUGAUGGUCACUCAUUCCUAGGUGUUCCUCGGUAUUAUAGACAUAGUAUUCUUGUUUUGCAAAGGGCAGUGAAGAACUGGAACGACCACAAGAAUCUUAACUUUGUGAUUAAUUUCGGAGAUAUUGUUGAUGGGAAGUGUCCCAAAGAUCAAUCUCUAAAUGCUGUGAAGAAAGUAGUCAGUGAGUUUGAAAAUUUUCAUGGUCCCGUGUAUCACAUGAUUGGAAAUCAUUGCCUUUACAAUCUCCCACGGGAUAAGUUACUUCCUUUAUUGAAGAUCCCGAAUCAUGGUGAUGGUUGCACUCACGCAUACUAUGACUUUUCACCAACACCGGGAUACAGAUUUGUUGUAUUGGAUGGAUAUGAUAUUAGUGCAAUUGGAUGGCCUCAUGACCAUCCGAAUAGACUGGAGGCCUUGAAAAUCCUGAGUGAAAAAAACCCGAAUUCAGAUAAAAACAGCCCAGAGGGACUGAAGGGUGUUGAUAGAAGGUUCGUUAUGUUCAAUGGAGCAGUCGGAAAUAAGCAAAUGGAAUGGCUGGAUAAUGUACUUAAGGAUGCAACAAAUAUGAAACAGAAAGUGAUAAUAUGUUGUCAUGUGCCAUUAGAUCCAGGUGCAACAAGCAAAACAACGCUUUUAUGGAACUAUGACCAAGUAAUGGACCUGAUUCACCGUUACGAUUGUGUGAAGGUUUGCCUCAGCGGGCACAAUCAUCAAGGAGGAUAUUCAGUUGAUUCUCGUGGAGUUCAUCACAGAGUGCUUGAUGCUGCUUUAGAGUGUACUCCCGGGACCAAUGCGUACGGGUAUAUAGACGUUUAUGACAACAUGUUGUCGCUUGUUGGCACAGAUCAAAUGAAAAGCACCAAAUUUAGUUUCGAUUUCUAGACAAAUAUUUAUAAAAGAUCAAUUCUUUCAUCAAAGAUGAUGGAGUGUAUAUUACUGUAAUUUUCAUCGACUGAAGUUAAUCCAUUUACAAUAAUAGAGCAAAGUGGAGAUUUUCAAGUCA